AUGUCAAAUCUUAUGACUCUCACCUGUCUCUCAUCCUUCUCAUCAAGCUCUCACCUCCGAUUCAUCCAUCAUCCUCACCGUUUCAUCAUCAUCCUCAUCGCUGCCACCGAAGCUCACGCUCCAUUGCACCGAAGCUCACACACCAUUGCCGACCCGAUUCAUCAUCCUUCUCACCCAUCUUCAAAGCCCAACUUUGUUCAUCCAUCAUCCUCACUGAAGCUCUCUGUUCAAUCAGCCAUCAUUGACCCACACAGGCCGCGCCUAAUCGUCGAUCUGUUACCCAAGCCCCAUCGCCGAUCUUUCUCCACUCUUCUACGGACUGAAAAGGCAUUUUUGAAGCAGCCCAAGGUGUUUCUAAGCCCAAAGAAAUCUGGGAAGGCCAAGAGGCUUGGAAAGGGUGGAAAUCGCUACUGGAAGAACAUUGGGUUGAAUUUCAAGACACCCAGAGAGGCAAUUGAAGGUGAUAUCUAAAGAUUUUAGAGGAAUUGUUAAGAAAAAGUUCUUUUGGAAUAGCUUUUGGAGGUAAGUAACCUUAUCCUAAUUGGUUUUAUUUUGCUUAUACUACUAUAUUUUAACUACUAAAAUUUGAUUAUAAUUGUUACUAUUUUAUUUAAUUGUUUUAGCUACAUUGAUUUAAAGUAAAGAAUAAAGAAUUAUCACAAAUAUAUUGAGUACUAAG